AUGUAAUAAUAUAGGGAGUUCAAAUCUCAUAUUAGGAAGUCAGAAUACACAACUUCGGACAAGAACUUUCCUCUGGCUCUACAUGCUUUGUUGAUAUACGUAUUUUUUAUAUCAUUUAACAUUGCUGGAAAAAUGUGUUAAUAAGACAUAUUUGCCAAGAGGUUUCCAGGGGAUAAAAACAAUCUAGGUAAUUUGAUGUGGUUUUGCUAUUAAACAGUGGCUUUCAUUGGGUUAGCCCAACUGCCAAAGAUUGUAAAUUUUAUUACUUUCAGAAUUAUCUUGAUGGUAGGAUCAUUGGGACCUCAAAUCUUUAUAUUACCUGCAAUUUUGGCUUCAAGUUCUGGUUGUCCUGAUUGGGCGAUUUAUAUAAUUGGGAUACUUUGUUCAAUCUGUUCUGGGAUAUUAUCAGUAAUAUUUUUAUUCGGGAUGCUUUAUUAUUUAUCUAACUUAUCAUUUGGAGAUGAGAAGAUAUUGUAUUAUUGUUCACUCUAUUUCAUGUAAUUUAUACAAAAAUAAGUUUAGCCAUAGCUUUUAAUGGAUAUUAGGAAGCUUUUUCGCAGAAAUAUUUAGUAGAGCAACAAUUGAGGCAAUUGGCAGAUUAUUUUAUAUAUCUAUUGUAUAACUAGUUCUAAGUCUGUUAUUUUUAACGACCUUUGAGCCCAAUCACCCUAGAUUGAGAAGGACUAAAGAGUAAAUUCUAAGUUUGAUUGAAACGAAAACUAGUUCGCAAAUGGACAAGGUAAAUACUUUAAGACAAUUAAUUGUGAGUGGAAUAUAAGUUGAUAGUUUAAAUCAGCAAUAAAAAGCUAAGUCAGAAGAAGAACUCAAACAGAUUAUGAAUAACAUGACGAUUCAAUGCUUUUCCUUAGAUUCAAGCAAUUUGAGUAUGAUAAUUGAAAAAGAGGAAUUCAAUGUUUAUUAAAAUAAAUCAUAUUUAGAAUGUAUAAAAUACACUUCAUAGGAAUUAUGGAGAAGAAAUGCUCUCUAUUUAUUGCCAUUAGUAUUGACAGUAGCAUUGCUUGAAGGCUUCAUUUAUAUAUAAAUGCUCAACUAUAUAAUGUUUUUGGCAUAGAAGGAGGACAGUAGCAGCUCAUUUGAAAUUGAAUUUAUUUUCUUUUAUGUUGGAUUGGGUUAUGUUCUUGGAUGUUUUGCUAUAGGAAUAUUUGGAGAUUUUAAAGAUAAAAUAGUGUGGAUGAUUUUCACCUUGACAAUCUUACAAUUUAGUUUUAUUUUUAGUUGGGUGGUAAUAAGUUAUAGAACCAACAUUUAUUUUUUUUUUUAGUUGUUUGCUGCCAUGUUGGGGUUUUGUGCCUCAGGCUUGACUUCUUCAAUUGUUUCAUUUUUAUGCUUUGAAUUUUCAUCUCUGAUAUAUAUGGUGGACACAAUUUAUAUUAUCUAUUCAAUAUGUUUUGCCAUAUCUUCAUUGUUAUUCAUAUUUGGAAGCAGCGAUGUAUUUGAACAUUUGAUUGUCAAUUUAUCAAUAAUUCAACUUGUUGCAUUGAGUAAUUACUACUUUAUCUAUAAAUACUAUAGAAUAAAAAAAUUAAGUAAAUAAUGA